UGCUGCAUGCUAUGCUGCAAAGCUAGUUGUGUUUUCAAAUGGAAGAUCGAAGUAAGAACACGUCACAGCGACUGCCACCAAUCAUUUUGGAUCGAAAACGGAGUUGUUGGGGCAGAUUUUGUGAGAUAAUAGGCAUGGUUUCCCAUCUAGUUGCAAUUUCAUUUACAGGGUUCAUGAUAUAUCUAGCGUGGCCCUUGACAAAUCUUUUUUCAUGGCACCCCAUCUUGAUGUCAAUUGCUUUUGCCUUCUUGAUGUCAGAGUCCAUCAUGUUCUUUUCAUCAGAAAGUACUCUUAUCCCUAAGGUCAAUCGUAAAAGUAAGGUCAGCUAUCAUUGGAUCACCAUGACGACAGCCAUCGCCUGUGCCCUGAUCGGAUUUGCUAUCAUCUUCAUAAACAAAGUCCUUCAUGACAAGCCUCAUUUCAAAUCAUGGCAUGGUACCAUGGGAUUAGUUGUCAUAAUUUAUAUGUGCAUACAAGCUUUCGGCGGAGCGUUUCACCUCUUCCCCAAGUUUACCAGCAAAUUUGUGAAGUUGGCGGACUUGAAACUGUAUCAUGCUACAUCUGGUCUCUGUCUGUUUAUUCUUGUAAUUACAACGCUUGUACUGGCACUUUACUCCAACUGGAUGCAGCAGAAGGCAGGAGAAACAGGGUGGUAUUUCCUACUGGGAUGUCUGAUGUGGUUGACUACAGUUAUUACAAACCAGGUGACGACAGAAUACCUUCCUCGGGCAUUAAAGAAGCCUUCCUCUCAAUAUUGAUCUUGAUUUGCAUCAUAUUGUUAGCUUAAAGACCCGGAUCCAGCUAAAAGUGAAAGCUACAUAGUGCAACAAUGUAAGUUUUAUGCAUAUUCACUGCUUGACAACUGAGUAUUUUUGCUUAAAAAAAACUCAAAUAACUCACAUUGUGUAGGAAGGUUGUGAUUCUAUAAAUUCCAAUAUGAGCUUGCAAGAUAAGUUAUUUAUGAUAUAUUGAUGUGAUAGAAGUGAACAAAAUCCAAUGUGUAAUCUUAAAAGCAAAAAACUAUCACCAAGUUUUUCAGUGUAAAAACUUUUGGAAUCACAAUGCUCUUCACAACAUAAUAUAAUUUAUUUUGAAGCCCGAUAAUUGAAGCUAUUCUUAAGCAAAAUAGUCAGCUGAGAAGCGAUGAAGAUGUAUAAACUUUGCACUGUUGUGUUUAGUAAUAGCUUUAGAUUAGUAUAUACAUUCUCAGUUUCAUGUUUCGGUCCAGUCAGGGUCUUUAAAGGGGAAGUUCACCCUGAAGAAAAGUUUGUGUCAAAAUAGCAGAAAAAUAUUGAUUAAGGUUUGAGAAAAAUCCAUUAAAGAUUAAGAAAACUUGGCCUUGUGACAAGCAUAUACGAGCAGCUGCCCCCUAUGUUAUCAUCAUGUCCUUGUUUAGAUAGUAUUUUAGUCCCUAUUCAGUUGUGAAAUUAUGUAUCGUUUGAGUAACAGCAAGCAAAUUUUUAAAUAUGCAAAGUUUUCUUAUUGAAUCAUUUCUGAUUUAUAAUUUCAAUUAAGAAGUGAUAGUAGUUAAUAUUUUUCUUUUCAUUCUUAAAGGAUAGCCUAUAUACAUCUAGGCCUUCUUUUAACUUUGAAAUGAUCUUCUGGAAUAUUUUGUGGUAAAAGAGUGUAACACACAUUCUGCAAGAAGUAAAAUCCCGCCCAAUCAUAUCAAGUUUGUUAUUCAACAGGAUAACUAUCAUAUGUUGUACUAGUUAGAUGCAUAAAACAUGUACAUGUGAAGAGUUUAGUUGCAUCUAGAUGAACUAAUUAUGUAAUUGAAGCUGUGCUCUCUUAGACUGAAAUGCAUGUUGUAUAUAUCACUGAAGCCAUUUUUAAUUAUAAUAAUAGCUGGAUUUAUAAAGCGCUUUUUGCCUGAGGAUACAAAGCGCUGCUGUUAUUACCACGGCUUUAGCUUGAGGUACCAUCACCGGUGACUUGUGCAUUCAAGGAAAUAAUCCUGCUGGGUACCCAUUCACCUUACCUAGGUCAAGUGCAGCACAUUGUGGAUAAAUUUCUUGCUGAAGGAAAACAUGCCAUGGCUUUUAAGUGAUAUAUAUGUGCCAAUUGACUGAGCAGAUAACUUUUAAUGUAUUGUAUUUAGGGAGUCUUGGGACUUUGUUGAAAUGUUCAACAAAAUAAAGCCAGUAACAUAGCUUUUACAUUCCUUUGUCUUUUAAGUGAAUACAGAUGGACAAAAUAACGUAAAGUGCUAUAUAGAUGCAAAUGUGUGAUUAUUGUUAUCGUUUGUUACCAUUAUCAUUAUCAUCAACAUUACUAUCGUCAUCUCCAUCAUCAUUACCAUCAUCACCAUCUUCAUCACUGUCAUCACCAUCGUCAUCACCAUCAUUAUCAUCAUCUACACCAUAUCAAUGGAUGAAGAUAAUCCUCUAAUUGAAAAUAUUAAGUUAUUCCAUACCAAUUCAAGUUACAAAUUUUUAUUUGUGAUAGUAUACAGUUUGUUAGUUUUUAUUCCAUAUCAUUUGCCUCUCCUCGAAACUAAAAUGAGUAUAAAGUAAAAUUUAAAUAGAAAUAUUGACUACUUAAAACUAUAUUUUUUUAAUUUGAACUUAGAAUCUACUGUGUGA